AUGCCGUGGAUGCCCCUGUACUCGUCGUAUCCUAGUAGCCGAAAGUCCAUCUGCCUUGUUGUAUUCUUCCGUGUUAUUGUGUAUGUCUCUUCUUCUCCAAAUUGCAGUUCUUAUGGUCUUCAUCUGACCUGUUUGGCUCGCCAUACAGGUCAGGUUGAGCUUAAGAGAUUUCGUGUUGUGAAGGAAGUGGGAAGAAUAGUAAUGAAUGUUAGGAUCUUUGCUUGUUACCAGCUUAUUGAAGUGUGCCAGGUUGAGUACUUCCGUCAAUUGCUUAAGCCUGUGAUGGCUACUUAUCAUGAUGACUACUUCCAUCAAUUGCAGGCUGAUCUGCUAUUUAGGUUCGGUGUCAAUAGAAAUUUGCUACAACAAAACAGUGCAGUCAUGAGGUAUCCAGCAUCUUUAGCUGGAAAUUCCUCCUUUGCUUAUGGAUAUGAAGCGGAUUAUUGUAUGGCAAAUGGGCUUUUGGGUGUUCAGUGCAACCACAGUGUUCCUGUUUCACCUGCCUUAGCAGCCCCUUCGGGCAUCACAAGCCCUCACAUCCGAAGCCCACUUGAUGCAUUUGAGCUCCAGCCUUCCAAGGUAUGCCCCAGAAAUUUCGUCAUCUUUGAUCACACAGAUGAAAAAGGAUGCAUCAUGUAUCAUCCAGCCUUGGUGAACAAUCUGAACCCCACAAACAUCGAUUUGCUCCAAUGCCAUGGUGAAGUGGUUUGUAGAAGUUCAGGCCAAGACAAUGGCAAUCUUGAAGAACAGUCCUCAUCUUUCAAGGAGGAUACAGAAGAAAUCGAUGCACUUCUGAGCUCUGAUGAUGACAGCGAUGAAGAUGAUGUUGUGAGUACCGGGCGUACUCCUGAUCCCUUGGAAAGUGGUCCCUUUGAAUCAUCUUCACUGCCAAGGUUUAAGACAACUAGUCAAGUUUCUGAAAACAGUUCAGUUUGCUAUAGAUCCAUGGAAAAUGUAACUCAUGAGAAGAUCAGGAACGUGGUCACAGUUCUUAGGGGUAUAAUCCCUGAUGGAGAACAACUGGAUACUUCUUCUGUCCUGGAGGAAGCUGUUAGAUAUCUGAAGUUCCUCAAGAUGGAGUCAAAGAAACUCGGCAUGGAGGGCUUGAGCAUUUAG